ACAGCGGGCUACGUGCGCGGAAAAGAGUCAGCCAGGGGCAGCAGAUAGCCUUCUCCGCUCGCCACUCCCUUGAAGUCCUGUGGACUUGGAGUCUGAAGGCUUCUCGAGUGCGUAGAGAUGCCUCAGCCGGGAUGACAGCGUGGGGACGGCCGGCGGCGCCCCCUGCCCCAGGCCGCGGUGGCGGCGCCGCGACCCCGCCCUCUAGCUCCUGUCCUUCCCUCCGCUCCUAGCCUUUGCUGGGCGCCAGACCCGGCUUCGCCGUCCGGCUAUUAGCCGACUGUGGCUAGUCACCCCCGGGGUCCCGGCCUCCGCGGGCUGGGGCCGCCGCCACCGCGGCAGGACGGGGAGGCGGGCCAUGGCGUCCUGCGUGGGGAGCCGGACCCUAAGCAAGGAUGAUGUGAACUACAAAAUGCAUUUCCGGAUGAUCAACGAGCAGCAAGUGGAGGACAUCACCAUUGACUUCUUCUACCGGCCGCAUACCAUCACCCUGCUCAGCUUCACCAUCGUCAGCCUCAUGUACUUCGCCUUUACCAGGGAUGACUCUGUUCCAGAAGACAACAUCUGGAGAGGCAUCCUCUCUGUUAUUUUCUUCUUUCUUAUCAUCAGUGUGUUAGCUUUCCCCAAUGGUCCGUUCACUCGACCUCAUCCAGCCUUAUGGCGAAUGGUUUUUGGACUCAGUGUGCUCUACUUCCUGUUCCUGGUAUUCCUACUCUUCCUGAAUUUCGAGCAGGUUAAAUCUCUCAUGUAUUGGCUAGAUCCAAAUCUUCGAUAUGCCACAAGGGAAGCAGAUGUCAUGGAGUAUGCUGUGAACUGCCAUGUGAUCACCUGGGAGAGGAUUAUCAGCCACUUUGAUAUAUUUGCAUUUGGACAUUUCUGGGGCUGGGCCAUGAAGGCCUUGCUGAUCCGUAGUUACGGUCUCUGCUGGACAAUCAGUAUUACCUGGGAGCUGACUGAGCUCUUCUUCAUGCAUCUCCUCCCCAAUUUUGCCGAGUGCUGGUGGGAUCAAGUGAUUCUGGACAUCCUGUUGUGCAAUGGCGGUGGUAUUUGGCUGGGCAUGGUCGUUUGCCGGUUUUUAGAGAUGAGGACUUACCACUGGGCAAGCUUCAAGGACAUUCAUACCACCACCGGGAAGAUCAAGAGAGCUGUGCUGCAGUUCACUCCUGCUAGCUGGACCUAUGUUCGAUGGUUUGACCCCAAAUCUUCUUUUCAGAGAGUAGCCGGAGUGUACCUUUUCAUGAUCAUCUGGCAGCUGACUGAGUUGAAUACCUUCUUCUUGAAGCAUAUCUUUGUGUUCCAAGCCAGUCAUCCAUUAAGUUGGGGUAGAAUUCUCUUUAUUGGUGGCAUCACGGCUCCCACAGUGAGACAGUACUACGCUUACCUCACCGACACACAGUGCAAGCGCGUAGGAACACAGUGCUGGGUGUUUGGGGUCAUUGGUUUCCUGGAGGCCAUUGUCUGCAUAAAAUUUGGACAAGAUCUCUUCUCUAAGACCCAAAUACUCUAUGUUGUGCUUUGGCUUCUUUGCGUGGCUUUCACCACUUUCCUCUGUCUGUACGGCAUGAUUUGGUAUGCAGAACACUAUGGUCACCGAGAAAAGACCUACUCAGAGUGUGAAGAUGGCACCUACAGUCCAGAGAUCUCCUGGCAUCACAGGAAAGGGACAAAAGGUUCUGAAGACAGCCCACCCAAGCACGCAGGCAACAACGAAAGCCAUUCUUCCAGGAGAAGGAAUCGGCAUUCCAAGUCAAAAGUCACCAAUGGCGUUGGAAAGAAAUGAAAAACCCUGGUUAAUCAAAGAUGUUCCAGAGUGCCUAGAACUGAGAGGGAAACGGAACUCAUUUGGAUCUCCCUGUGAGGAGGUCGAGGCGCACAGGGCAAGCAGGAAGAGGCGAGGGCACUUGGGGGUCAUUAUUUGAGAUCGUAAGUCUUGUUUCCCACAGACCUGGCCGCGUCAGGCAGCUCAUCGCCUGGGGGCCUUUGCCAACGUGGGGUCUCUUCUAACUUCAGCACUUGGCAUGCGGUCACCGGUAGCAGUGCGGUGUGUUGGAGGGAAACGGUAGCUAUUCCUUACCAGUUGCCAACAGCAGCUCCUCGCCUGCUGUAUCGUGGAUGCAGCAUAAACAUCUUUCUUCAGACAAGGCAUUAACCCCAUGGUUAAUGGACUGGUCGCCAGUUUUUAUUUUAUUUUUAUGAAUCUACCUUUCCAUUGAUUGAUUUAAGUUCAGGCCACUUUUCUGUCUUUUAUUUGGUUACUGUUGUUAUUUGUUUUUAAGUUAGGAUGCUUUUUAACAGCCUUUAGAAGCCGCUGCUGAAAUUGACAUUGGGGGAAGGGUUCCCCUUCCUUCUAGAGCAGAAAAGGGAGAGAGGUGUUGCAUUCCUGUUUGGUAACCUCAGUCUCCUGUAAGACCUUCCACCACAUGGCGAGUGUACACCAAUCAGGAGAGGGUAGCUGCCUGCAUAGGAGCCUUGCUUCCGAUUAUUCCCUUCCCAUUGUUAUUCAUCCGGACUUACCCACAGUGCACAAAAGCAAACCUGCUGGAGAGGCAGUGAACACCACAGCUUCUCCCCAGCCAGGUGCCUUUUACAUCGGGUUUGUUCUCCUUCCAUGGUGUGUUGCUGACAUUGUCACUGAGUCCCAUGUGAGGUGCUGGUGAGUAUUACCUUUCAUCUGUGCCAUGCUCUAGAACCUUGACCCUGAUAGUUCACCACCUCUGAUGGAUCCCUGUUUUAAAUAAAACAAUUCACGUUAAAGCCUAUCAAAGGUCUGUCUGUAAAAUGCUCAUUUUCUUGCAUCCUACUGGUAUCUUCCAUUGAUUGUAAGCAGUCAGUGUGUUUUUCAAGUGACUUUAGGACAGUAUAUAUGUGUUUUAUAUAGUGAGAAGAAAAAAGAAAAGAUGUGUAUUCUAAAGGGCUUAUGGAUAUAUAUGUCCUACUUCUUAGACUUGCCAAGUGACCAACAGGAAAUGAACAACAUAGUCAUUGUUUUUUCCUGUGGUAAUGGUUUCCAAGUUGGAUUUUUUUUUUCCUCUAACAAGAGGCCAGUACCCAGUUGAUUAGCUUACAGAUACCAACUCACUGAAAGUAAUCUCUUUUGUUCCCUCAUUUCACAGGGCACAAAGGUUCGUUUCGAUGUCUCUUCUUCUUUAAGGAAAUCUUUAACCACAGAAGUGUCAUGUUUUUCUUUUUCUGCAAAAGAAUUCUGAGAUGAAGGGGUUCAAUGAAUCAUGCCAGCCAGGGUCACAUCCUGUCCUCGGGGGGCCCAGGGCUCAAUAGGAGAUUCUGCGGGAGUGGAGAAGCGUCAGUGGCAGCUCCGCUCCCUUGGCAAGUGAGGGGUUUGGCUGUGAUGAGCCUCAGCUCCAAGCUCUUAAAUGUCCUCCAGCCAGCAUCCGCCUGCUUCCCACAAAAGGAUAGAAGAGAGGCAACGUGUGUGUUUUAUAAAACCUGCCUGCACUUUUAUAACGGAUCAAAGAGGCCAUUUUUAAACAUAGGUACAAUUUAAACAUGAUCGUACCUUGCAAAUAAAUGUCUUUUGUUUCA